ACAGUGACCAAGCGCUCAAGACCGGAAGUCGGCAGCCCCCGCUCAUAGCCAAUGCGAGGACUUCGGACUACGACUCCCAUAGUGCCUUAGCGGUGGCUGUGGUGGGAGAGGACGGUGGGAGUUGUAGUUCCUCAAGGAAGGUGCCCCCCUCGCAAGGCAAAAUGGAGGAUGUGACCAAAGCAAAGCGAGAAGGACUCCCUGUCGAUACAAACCUAUGCUUCUCAGGGCAUUUUGGGGUUUGUAUGUGGCGACGAGCGCCCCCUGCCGUCGAACGUCGUUAGUGUUCUAGCCUACGAUGGAGCCGGAAAUGAGCCAGGGCCGCUGGGAGUUGUAGUCCCCGCUUCCGGAAAGUGGCGAAAGGGAGACGCGACGGAGUGUAGGGAAGGGACUCGGUUUCCCACAAUCCUUAGCGCCUCUCAGGCUCAGUGGCUGGAAGAGGGGCCUCCCAAAACAAAAUGGCGGCGCUCGUGGUGGUUGCGGCAGGGGCGACGUUCCCUUCCCCGUUGCCUGGCUUUCGUCGCUUUCUCCGGAGCUGCUGGGGGCGCCUCGGGGGCAGCAGCCCUCCUUGGGCUCCUGCUUUGGUUGUACGGCCCCCUUCUCUACUGGAACAAGUGGAGGAAAAGGCUGAAACUGCAGAGUCUCGUUUUUUAGACACCGUAUUCUGGAUGGCCAGCUCCGAAGUCAAGGCGCACCUUGAAUUGAAUCGCUGUCCGAGGAAUCCUAGGAAUCUUAUAAAGUUAAAGAGAAACAUAGAUGUCUGUCCUCAGUGUGGCAACCUGAAACAGAAGCAUAUUCUUUGCGGCUAUUGUUAUGAGAAGUUUAAACAGGAACCAUUGCCAUAAGGAAAAAUGGGGAUACUGGAAGGAGGGCCCCAUAAGGCUCCCACUGUAGAGACUGUUGUGCUGUACGAAGGGGAAAAGCCCAGGGACCAAGAUGAAGGCAAGCGGAUUAUAGAAAGAAAUAGGAAACGUCCAUCAUGGUUCACGCUGGACUGA